AUGAGUCGAUGUCUUGAAUCCUGGCGAUGUGUUUCAUCGAUGUCGUCAGAUGGGUUACGAGACUUCAGGACUGAAGUGGAAGUAUUGGAGGAUGUGACGACAAGAGGAAGCGAACAGACGCUAAGAGACCAGGAAGAGCGACUAAUUUCAGCGAUUCGCGAAAUAACUCAAAGCAUCACGUCCAUGAGCCAUGAGAAUAACCUGGUGAGACUGGAUGGCGUCGACGGAAACGCUGGAGCGAUAACGAUAGAUCUGAGUUCGUUGGCUGAAAGGAUUGCUGAGUUCGAUAAACUAAUAGAGUUGCUCAAAAUGACGCAUUUGGAACAGGAAACGCUCGAUUUCUUUCUGAGAUAUACGAUAUCUUCGGCAGAGUUGCUGCAGCUGAAAUCUACGCAUGAUCAGCAAUACGUCGAAAUGGAGAGCGCCGUCAAAGCACUGGAGCGUGAAAUUGAAGAAGCUCAUCAUCGCUGGAUCGAUGAAACGAAACUACAGAUAUCUAACGCUGCAGAGCAGAUUGUGAAGGAUCAAGAUACUGUCAACGAGCUUUAUCUUGAAACUGCUGAUAUCUUGGAUGAUUGUGACCAGUUGCUCGUCGAGGUAGAGAAGAUGAGGGAGGAAAAAGAACGUUAUAAGAAACAAGUAGAACGUCAGAAACCCUCUGUGGCGAAAGUUUUUGACGAAUGGGACGAGGUACGAAGAUGCCAGAACGAUUUGAAACAUUUGGAAGCGCAAAUCGCUCAACUUGAACUAAUCAAGAAAGAUUUCGAGGCGAAAGACACUGCAAAGAAACUGACACAGGACCCUAAGCUGAAUGAACUUGGUUGUACAUUAGACUCCUUGAUAAGACUGUGGGAAUCCAACUUCUUGCCAAACCCAGGCUGGCACGAUCUUGAAAUAUAUCCUCAGAUCAAGAAAAUUCAGUUCGAUGUGCUGGAAAUUUUCACAGUUUUGAUAGCCCUGGAUGGCGGGUACAGGAUAAGCGAUGUCACGAUUUACAGAAAAGGAGAGGGAGGCAUGAGCGUGGAUGAGGAUUUGCAAUCAGAAUUGAAGCAGCAGAAUGUUGGUUCUCGAGAUGUUUACAAAUCUAUGGAGGCUAUUACGGGCUAUUUGAUAGGUUUAGCACCUGUGAAAUGA